UGUCAUGUGGCCCAACAACAGCUCGCUGGGGCCCUGCUUCCGGCCCACGAACAUCACGUUGGAGGAACGGGGGCUCAUCGCCUCGCCCUGGUUUGCCGCCUCCUUCUGCCUCGUGGGCCUGGCCUCCAACCUGCUGGCCCUGAGUGUGCUGGCUGGCGCCCGGCAGGGUGGCUCACACACCCGCUCGUCCUUCCUCACCUUCCUGUGCGGCCUGGUGCUCACGGACUUCCUGGGGCUGCUGGUCACCGGGGCCAUUGUGGUGUCCCAGCAUGCCAUCCUCUUCAACUGGCACGUCGUGGACCCCAGCUGCAGCCUCUGCCACUUCAUGGGGGUGGUCAUGGUCUUCUUUGGCCUGUGCCCAUUGCUGCUGGGGGCCACCAUGGCCUCAGAGCGUUACCUGGGCAUCACACGGCCCUUCUCGCGCCCAGCCGCCUCCUCGCAGCGCCGGGCCUGGGCCACGGUGGGGCUGGUGUGGGCGGCUGCCCUGGCCCUGGGGCUGCUGCCGCUGUUGGGCCUGGGCCGCUACUCGGUGCAGUUCCCCGGCUCCUGGUGCUUCCUCACGCUGGGCGGGGAGCCGGGCGACGUGGCCUUCGGCCUGCUGUUUGCCCUGCUCGGCAGCUUCUCCGUCGGGCUGUCCUUUCUGCUGAAUACCGUCAGCGUGGCCACCCUGUGCCGCGUCUACCACGGCCAGGAGGCUGCCCAGCAGCGGCCCCGGGACAGUGAGGUCGAGAUGAUGGCCCAGCUCCUGGGCAUCAUGGUGGUGGCCAGCGUCUGCUGGAUGCCCCUGCUGGCCUUCAUUGUGCAGACAGUGCUGCGGUCGCCGCCCGUCAUGAGCCCCGAGGGCCAGCUGCCCCGGGACACGGAGAAGCAGCUGCUCAUCUACCUGCGCGUGGCCACCUGGAACCAGAUCCUGGACCCCUGGGUGUACAUCCUCUUCCGCCGCGCGGUGCUCCGGCGCCUGCAGCCGCGUCUCAGUGCCCGUGCCCGGCCAGGGCCUCUGUCCCUGCGGCCCCAGCUCCCCCGAGAGGCCAUGGCGCAGCAGGGCUGA